AUGCGCCUUUUGUUACUGUUUCAACAGCUGUUUUUACUCGCCAUUGCUAGGCAAGUCCAGAGCCAUGUUUCGCCACGCACGUUCAAGUUCAAGGGCGAAAAAGAAGGUCAAAUUGGCGGGUGCAACGCAGCCGAUGUCAAAAUCAUCCUCGAAGAGAUAGAGAUCGCCAAGGAGGCAGCCGAGUUCGCGGCUGAGCAACUCACCAAGUACCCUUUCUUCCAGGCAUUCCAAGAGCCGAAAGCCUUUGGCAAAAAGGAACUAGAAAACGCAGGCAAGGAGGUCUUCACCCGCAUCGCGGCAAUGCUGGACGGGUUCCACAAGGACGACAGGUUCACCAUCGAAUGCCGCAACAAGCGUUGCACUGAGGAGGACGCCGACACGGUCGCAAUAAUGUCGACAAAGAAGGACGGGAUCCUAGACCCUAUCUUAUCCUUUUGCCCAAAGUUUUUCGAGACCGAUUCGUCGACCCAGAAAAAACUAGAACGGUACAAAAAGGCGAUGGGUAGGAACCGUAACUAUGUGGAGAGAUGGUCCGGGACUAUCAACAUGCAGGACCUCAGUCGCACAAGGUCCGUUGUGAUCAUGCAUGAGCUUACCCAUACACCCUAUGUGGCAAUGCCAAUCAAGGAGCUGCUUGGUCGAAAAGACGAGGAAAACAUGCAAGUAUUCAACAUCCUUUGCGGGCUUGGGGCGUUUAUUACCAAAGACUAUUACUAUGAGGCAUCAGACUGUUACAGGAUGGCCCGAGGUUAUCACAAUGCGUUGACUAAAAUCCUAAAGAGUCCAGAGUGGGUGAGGGGCGCACGGAAGGCUGCCGAGAACGCAGAGAGCUGGGCCCUCAUUGCCUCGGGCAUGUACAUGUCAAAGCAGUUGAGGAUAAAGCAAAUCCCUAUUCAAGGCAUCGAAGAUUGGAUGUGGGAAGACAUUCGCAUAGGCGCUCAGUAA